AAAUUAAAUCUGCUUGAUUAUGAUCAUGAAACGGAAUACGUUGGGCCAUUGGCAAUAACAAACAUUUUACAGAUGCAAAUACAUGGAUAGGAGAAUAGGUUAGAUAUAUAUCAUGCAAAACCCGAUGUACGAAGCAGCCCAAGCCGACAAUGACGUCAUAUGCACGACCAAAGACCUCAAACUCAGAGAGGCUGUGUCCGAAAAAAAGCAAGCUGCGGGUAUCCGUAACGUUCGGUUUAACAACCCAGUGAGCGUAGGAACGCACGGCGACGUCACUGAGUGGGAUGCAUCCAGAAAGAAUGGAAACUUAGGCCUGUAUAACCGUCUUAAAGAGGAAACGCAUAUGCUGUUCCACACUGGACGAGAUGAAAAUCCGAAAAUAAAAGCAGCUUUUGGAAUACUUUCCGGACUAUUAACGGGACUAAUAUUUCUGGUAAUUCUUCGGUUCACUUUCGACUAUACAUAUUUACAAGCAGGAAUCAUCACUGUAGUCUACACGGUGAUCGUUUGCAUCGGUCUCGCGUUGUCCUCCCUCUGCCGAUGCAUCAUGGCCAUUCUUGUACCGAACUUUUUCACGGGUAAAGGACGGGCCAUUCUAUUGUCGAUUAUCUUUGGAGUGAUGCUAUCAGGACCAAUCGCGAAUAUCUCCCACAAUUUUAAGGAGAGUGGAAACAGUUUGGCAUGCAGCGUUGAUUUGAUCAAAGACCAGCUUCUCGUUUUGCAAAGAAAACUAGACAAACCUGUUAAAGAUAUUAUUCUAAAUGUCAACAAAAAGAAAGAAGCAUUAGAAAAGACCGUAUUCGCUGCACAUCGUUCAAUAACGGAAGCACAAAGCACUCUCAAGGAAAUUAGCCAAACACUCGCUACAGCCGGUCCAACGCUCGAAGCCCUGUACCAGGAAUGUCAGAAGCCAUUUAACGAUUUUUACAGAACUUGCACGUCCAAGUGCCCAUUAGGGCCUAUGUGUCUUUGUAACGAGGCCAAAGAUAUAUCUGCUGGGUUAUGUGACAACGUUAGAAAAGCCUCCGAUUAUUUCGUGACUACAGCUGCAACCAAAACCAUGGUAGCUUUGGACGACGCUCUGAAGUUGUUUACCGCAGACGUGGACAUGAAAGUGUUCGCGAAAGGUGGCGCCAAUUCGUCUAAAACAUCCAAGAAGAUUCAAGAAGAGAUAAACAAGGAAGUGGACGAGAAAGUGAAUGUGCUUCAAAUGAUAUCCUUUGUUACAACGAAAGUGCUGUCUUUGUCAUUGUUGAUUAUUUUCAUUCAGUCGUUUCUCUAUAUAAAGUCGUAUUUAGCAAAGGAUGGAUAUGACAACGUUUACAUAACGAAAGGUUUCAGAUCGUUUGACGAAGAGCAAGAAAGAUUGGGUCAGACUUCUCUACUUCCGCUUAAGAAGGGCGAACAGACCAAGUAUGUCGACACGAGAUCAUGGAAACUGAAUAACUUUGAGCUAACAUAUUGUACUACAGGAUUAGCGCAAGUGUUCCUUCACUUCAUAUUUUGCGUCACCGUCGUCUUGUUCGACUACGUCCUUUUCUAUAUUCUGAACCUUGUACGCAUUCACGGCUCGCUAGAGCUCGGCAUUCAAGGUCAAGGGACGCUUAAGAUAAUCGUUCAUGGAGACGGUCCAGUGAAAGAUUUCUACGAAUUUCUUUUCCAAGGUCUUGACAUCAAUGAAGGUUUUUCAUCUAAUUUGCACCUCGGUCGGUGUUUACCUUCUCCUAACAAACCGUACGAUUCGAAUAUUCCCGUGUUUCUAGUCCUGUAUCUGGUCGCUAUUGGCGUGGUAUGUCUCAGAGGGUACGGGAUGCGUCUGCGGAGAAAGAUUUCGGCUUAUUAUUAUCCUGAACAAGAAAAGGCCAGGAUUACAUUUCUUCACAAGACAAUCCGAAAUCGUCGCGCUGGAGUUCAGCGCUUCUUACGCCAGCAAGUCAGGUCAACUCACAAAGAAUGCACGAUUAAGGAACAACUGCGUAUUUCAACGUGGUUAAGAUCCAAUUGCCAGUGCCUCGAUAAGGUCCUUCCAAAUAGGAACCAGCGUAAGUGCACGAGCUGUGGACAAACGGGCAAGGAAAGUGGUUCAACAAUAAUUAACUGCGCUGAUGAAACGACGGGAAAGACCUGCAAGGCGAUGUAUUGUGGAGACUGCAAGGCGGCUUUAGCGGGAGUGUGUCCGCUGUGUUGCGACAAUGACGUCGUACUGAGAGACUGAAUUAUGCAACUUACUGGUACUAAUCUAUGUUCCUGAUGAAAAUAUUUUAAUGAAAAAACACACACUCUAUCCGCUUGUACUAAUAUACUAUUCUAAAUCACGGGCUUUUUUGGAAUAAAUACGUUGACAAAUACUUCUGUGAUUAUGCCAUUAUAGUUUACCUAUAACAGAUCGUAUUAAACAUUCCAUGUAAGCAUCAUAUAGGGAUAUAGCACUUAGACGAAAUGACGAUGAGAGCAAAGCAAGGUCUGUAUGGACAUAGGGACACGCUGUGCAAAUAAGCGUUCUGUAUGUCUGUACUUUGCUGUGUACGCCAUUUCCACUGUCGACCACUGGUUUAAAAAAUGUAGCAACCACUCAAUAAUAAUAUAAUGCUUUAAUUAUUCAACAUAAGCUUUUAUAUUCAUAAUGGUUUUUGGUUAUAUAGUGUUAUCUUAAAAGCGAUUUGUGAAGUUCGCCUUUACCUGAGUUAUUAAAAAAGACACGAACUGUAAAGGCACUGGUCAGCUUUAAAAUUACAAUCAGGUUUAAACAAAAUAAAACUCUAAUAAAAUUCGGAAUUCAGAUAUAAAAUAUACUAUCAAUGCCAUAGAAUACUAUUAAAACAAUGCUAGUGUC